AUGCCCCUCUUCCUCCCUCCUGGAACUAGCGCCUCAUACCAAUACACCCCUCCGCCCCUCAGCAAACCGCCCUCAUCACACUCGUACACCGCUCCACCCUUCUCCCCAUCCCCACUCCGGUACACCUCACUUCCCUCCCCCAGCUCCUCGCCCAUUCUCCAGCCACCCUCGGCCUGCAGGACCGACCAACCCUCAUACCCUUCAAGGAGGAGGAAACGGCCCUGGAAAGACCCCUACGCUUCCCCUUGGGCACGAGCCUGGCUGAGGCUAGAAGUCGACUGGGGGCUGAGUAUGAUGCAGCCCUGGGAGAAGGGGCUCUCUGUGGGUGUCAUUAUACUGGUGCUUUGUUUGCUGGGGCUGGCGAUGUAUGAGCUACCUGCGAGUGUGGUGUUCGUCGUUGGGAGAUUGAGGUAUUUCGCCGCGGGAUAUUAG